AUGUCGUCCGAUUCUGCUGCCAGAAGUCAGCAUGCUCGAUCCGGGAUGCUGCGUGGCUUGGUACGCAGCAUGAGUGGAAAGCAGAGGCAAGAUUCAUCUCCUGUAACAACUACUACUCAUAUGGGCGAAGAAAGAAAAUUACUACAAAUGAACUUGGAAUCAGUAGAUGUUUCUGCGGCGAGUGGAUCACCUUUGCAAAGCAUAGCCAGCACUAGUUCAUCUCCAGCAGAAAGGAGACUUAAAAUUAGCGAACGACUAAAGCAGCUGGGAAGAGAUAUAACCACAGGCAAACUACGGAAACAUAGCGAUAAAUCCAUUCCGGCAUCCCCUAGAAUUACCGUCGGAGAGUUUCAGCAAGGAGACAUAAUACAAACGACUGGUCAUGCUGUGGUAGCUGAAGACUCCAACCGAUCUGAGCUACGUACAAGCUCUGCUCUGGAAUAUAACCACGCAAAACAAUUAAGUGUGGUAGCAGAGGUCGCAGAACCAGGUCAAGAACCUGUAGUUGAGGUCCCUAAUGAAGGUGUACCAGGGGCAACGAUACCUCUAGAAGAUCCCACAGAAGCGUCUACAUUCGCAAAACGUAUACAGUCUUUAAUCGAUUCCUUGCCAUUCCCCACUUCAGGCGAAAAACAACCUAUUUCUGCAGUCAAGGAUCCUGAUUCCCCUUCUCCAAAUGACGCAGGGCGUCCCAUUCCUCCUGAUAUUCCUUCAAUUCAAGAUUCCGGUCUCAUUAAUUUGCUAUCUAGCCCCGCCAUCAUGAACGGCUCUACCUCGAAGGGCCGCCCAAGUAUCUGGAGUAUACUUGAAAGGGUCGGUUCUCCUACCCAACAUGCCCCUCUUCCUUCCCCUUUUACAGCAGGAGAUACCAAUGUCGAUGAACCUAGCGAUGAACAUUCUAUAUACUCAGAUAACUCUAGCGUCAUGGUAUACUCACCUCUGAUACCGACCCUUGACGAUCAAGUCGAGUUGGCAGAGCUCGUUCCCAUCGAACCAGACAAUGUUGUCUUGGAGACUGAGACUGCCAUUGAGGGCACAUCGUGGACAUCGGUUUGGCCGCUUUCCAUUUGGUAUGGCUUGCCAUCGCGCUCUACAGCGUCUCCUGUGGAAUCGAAAUCAGGUUUGUCACCAGAACCUAUACCUUCAUCGCCUACACCAAAUCAGGGUAAAGAGGGGAAUGUCGUGCGUUCGCAGACUCCUCGAGCUUGGGUUCCGUCGAAUACGAAACUGUCUGUACAAGCCAUGUGGUGGGGGUAUAGAUUAUACCUGCCCCCACCUGUGCUAGAAAUUCUCAGCGAUAAAACCCUGGAGGCAACAAAGCGAGCCUCUAUGAUUACGACGGCACUAACCUGGUUUUUUAACCAUCUUCCGAUCGACGCUUUACCACCUCCGUUACGCCCUGCUGCCCUUCUUUUACAACGUCUUGCUCCCUUUCUAGGAUACAUUGGCACUUUCAUCUCGUGGAGCUGGAGUACUAUUAAAAGCUACGAUAUCGGUUUUGGUGUCACCUUGACUGCAACAUGGCUACUUCCCGUAGCACUGAUUCCCGGUACAUGGAGAGAAAAUGAUUUCCCAAAAUCGCCCACUCAAAGUCCAAUCGCGCUACCUCCUACCAGUCCUCCCACCUCUCAUGCACUGUUAGAUCCCAUUCUCCCUGAUUCACCACCGGCAACGUCUCCGUCACUAUCAUACGUUACCGCGAACCAGUCAACCCCAUCACCCCGAUCUGUGUUUAUCCCGGUGCCACCUAUGCCACUAGAUCUUCCGCCCAUCCCUCCAUCUCCUAUACCUCAACUGGUGCCAGUGGGAUCACCUCUCAUGAAAGAGCUUCUAAAAGGGCCUGUACUUGGGCCUGUACCUCUUCCUGACGAAGAUGCACCUUCGCCAAUGAUGCCCACUGUAAAGCCAACUACGAAAAAUCGAGCAAAAGCGUUUUUCACAAGAAGCCCUAGGUAG